UACGGGCUAGAAAAGAGGGAGUCUUCGGGCCUCGGGGGCUCCUGCUCCCAGCAUGGGCCGCAGGAGGGCAGUGCGCGGGCCCGGAGCUCGAGGCGGCCGCGGCCGGCGCCCUGCGGACCGCUCCCUGAAAGCCUUCGCCGAAGAGGUCGGCGCCGCGCUGCGCGCGACCCUAGAGGCAGAGGCGGCCGGGGGCGAGGGCAGCCCGGGCGCUGCGGAGCUGCCCUGCGCGCUGGCCAUGUGGGAGCUGGGCCACUGCGACCCCCGGCGCUGCACCGGCCGCAAGCUGGCCCGCCUAGGCCUGGUGCACUGCCUGCGCCUCGGCCACCGAUUCGGUGGCCUGGUGCUCAGCCCCGUGGGCGCCCAGUACGUGUCGCCCAAAGACAGACAGCUGGUGGCCCAGUCGGGGGUAGCCGUCAUUGACUGUUCCUGGGCCAGACUGGAUGAGACGCCGUUUGGCAAGAUGCGGGGGAGUCAUCUGCGGCUGCUGCCCUACUUGGUGGCUGCCAACCCUGUGAACUAUGGCCGGCCCUACAAGCUGUCCUGUGUGGAGGCCUUUGCUGCCACCUUCUGCAUCCUAGGCUUUUCUGACCUUGCUGUCAUUUUGCUGCGAAAGUUUAAGUGGGGCAAAGGCUUCCUGGACCUGAACCGCCAGCUCCUGGACAGGUAUGCAGCCUGCAGUGGCCCAGAAGAGGUGCUCCAGGCCGAGAAAGAGUUCCUGACCUGUGUCAAGGAGAGCCCUGAGGAGGAGAAGGAUCCUUUUGACGUGGAUUCAGGGCAGGAAUUUGCAAACCCCAACAGGCCCGUGGGCAGCACCCAGCUGUCCCCAGACAGUGGCGACAGUGAGGAGGAUGAGUCUGAGGAGCAGGGGCCUGGCACUGAGGAUGGAGCAGGCAGCAGUGGCGGCGGCAGCAGCUACCCUGAGGAGGAGGAGGAGGAGCCGGGACUGGGUGCCGAGGCUGGCACCCUGAAAAGGGUUUGGAAAGGAACCAGGAGAUGACAGAGAGACUGAGGAUCACAGACAUGUAUAUUUUUCACUGCUGGGUGAGAGGAACUCAGGAGGUGGCAGUGGGAAGUGAGGAGCAGACAGGUCUGAUGGUCUUAGCCCUUGGUGGCCAUCAGCAGUGCUGGACUCCAAUUAUCUGCCAGUAUUCUUCCUAGCUCGCCUGGUUCCUGUCCUGGAAUGCCAUCAAUGAAGCUGGUAGUCAAGGAGCCUGUGUGUGUCUCUUCGCACUUGGCCUGGAGUGCCCUGGGGGAAGGCAGGGGCUCUCGGCCUCUGGCUGGGCAGACCCUGCCUGGAAGGAGGUGUUAGUGUGGGCAGAGUCACUUCUGAGAGUGAAAGGAGCCCCUUCCGGCCCACCAGCCUCAGGCAAUGCUCUUGCGGGAACCUCUUCUGGGCCUAGGAGCCAGGUGGGGAGAGACCUCCAUAAUCCUUAGCAAACCUCACCUCCCCACUAGAGGAUGAGGGCUGCUUUUCCCUCUCUUGCCUCCACCUGGAGCCCUGCAGCUGCUUCCCAAUCGCAGUCCCCAGGCCUUCUGCCUCUCACCCUACCCCGGAGCUUCCUCUAAGAUGGGGCUCUCCAUUGUGGCAUUGGUGACGGGCCAUUGUUGGGGGAAAUGCCUGGUUUAAUGCUUCAAGAUGCUGAGCGCUGCCCCUGGCCUCCACCACUGGUGCCAGUGGCUUCCCUACCCCCAGUGUGAGGACCAGAAAUAUCCCCUGGGGGCACAGCUGCCCAUUGAGAGCCCCUGCCCUAAGAUGAGCGCCCACCCACCCGCCUCUGGCUGGUGUUGGGCAGCAAGUCAGGGGACACUCACCUGAUGGCCUGCCCCAGGGCAGCCCCUGCUUGUUGGCAUCAUGAUUUCUGCGUCCAGAUUGAGGUGGG